ACCUGCUAGAUGUUUCCGUGUACAUGCUAUACAGGAACUCGGUACCAGCAGGACUAAUAGUUUCAGAUUAUAUUUUCUGUUCUGAAUGAUAGUUAUGGAGCAUCUCAGUAUUGUGUCAAUCAGUGCUCAGCAGCUACGCAGGCUACCCAAAGUCUUGAAGGACAGCCUACCUGUGAUGGCAAGCACUGUCAAAGAUUGUGAUGUACCAAGCCUUUUUCGGGAACCCUAUAUUCACUCUGGUUAUCGCCCAGUGGGCCAGGAAUGGCGGGUUUACCUCCUUAGUCUUUUUCAACAGCAUAAUGAAGCUCUGAAUGUUUGGACUCACUUGCUGGCUGCAGUUGCAGUUUUUCUGCGAUUCUGGGCUUUUAUUGAGACUUCAAACAUUUCCCUGGAUGCAUAUUCCAUUCCUCUUUAUUUUGUGCUGUCAGCCCUCAUAUAUCUAUCUUUUAGUGUGCUGGCACAUUUGUUUCAGUCAAAAUCAGAGCUUACGCAUUACUCUUUUUAUUUUUUGGACUAUGUUGGUGUAAGCAUUUAUCAGUAUGGAAGUUCUCUGGCUCAUUAUUUUUAUAGUUCUGAACAAUCCUGGCAUGAUAAAAUGGCUUACAUUUUUCUACCCGGAGCUGCUUUUUUAGGUUGGCUCUCUUGCACUGGCUGUUGUUAUGCUAAAUACCGGUAUCAACGUCCUUAUCCUGUGGAAAGAAAAAUCUGUCAAGUCAUUCCAGCUGGUCUUGCAUAUAUACUGGACAUAAGCCCAAUUGUUCACCGUAUUGUAACUUGCUGGGAUGAUCCAGCUGUGAAUUUUCAUACAUUUCAAAUUGUAUUUUUUCUCCUUGCAGCAUUUUUUUUCUCAUACCCUGUUCCAGAAAAGUUUUUCCCUGGUUGUUGUGAUAUUGUAGGUCAUGCUCACCAGAUAUUCCAUUUAUUUCUCUCAUUGUGCACUCUUUGCCAGAUGGAAGGUUUGCUUACAGACUUUUUAAUGAGACAAGAUGUUCUUCAGCGAAGACAUACAUCUGGAAUGGUAGUUAUUGUCUCUGCUUCUUUCCCAGUACUUGUCAUGUGCAGUAUGCUAACAGCAGGGUACUUAAGACAAAAUGUACAAUUGCGCUUGAACAAAAAAGAAAAAUAGAAACCAA